AUGUCCGAGUCCCCACACCCGUUCCCGCGCCCCGCUUCGAUCUCGAGCCACCCGGCCCGGAGAUCUUCGCUCCCCGGCGGUGCAACGAGCAUCGUCCCCACCCGACAGAUGUCCAGAGACGCGUCCGACUCGACGCACGCCCUCAGCAGCGCGCACCAGCAUCAACCGUUCCACCAAGGUCCACAGCAUCAGGGCCGCGGCGCCGCUCCGCCCUUUCAGCAUCCGGCGCACAGCGACGCACACGACAGCGGCAAGGACAUUGAAUCUGCAGCGGGGCACAAUGAAAAGCACCUCGCCCACGACGACGACGACAACGACAAAGACGGCCAACGAGACGCCGCCCCUCGUCCGCGGCCGGCGAGCGAAGGGUUCUGGUCGCCCCGCCUCAAGGCGCAGCGCAAGCUCUACCUCAUCACCAUGCUGCGCGUCACGGUCGCCGUCAGCGUCGUCAUCUGGGGCAUCGUCUCGAUCUUCUGGGGCAGCGUGUGGAAGCAGACCGACCUCUCCCCGCACCUCAACGGCUGGAUCGUCAACCGCGACGCCGGCAACACGAUUGGCGACUCGAUCCAGUCGGCGCUGCUCGAGGCCAACGCCGGGCCCAAGCCCCACGUCACCUGGUCCGUCGUCGACCCGGCGCGCUACCCGACCACGGCCGACCUCGACUACCAGGUCAUCCGCCAGCUCUCGACCUACAUUGUCGUCGAGGUGCAGGCCAACUCGACCCAGCGCCUCGCCGCCGCCCGCCAGGCCGGAGACGCCAGCUGGGACCCGAGCUCGGUCGUCAGCCUCAUCUACGCCUCGGGACGCAACAACAUGGUCGUACCUUCGCUCGUCUUUUCCCCGGCCCAGCAGGUCGUGCAGCGCGCCAUCACCCGCCUCUCUUCGCAGCUCGCCGCCGACUUUUUCCGCGCGCCGCCACCCAACGUCGCCGCCCUGGUCGCCGCCGCGCCCCAGACGGUCGCCUCGCCCAUCGUCGCCGUGCCGCGCGACCUGCGCCGCUUUGACCAGCCCGUCGCCACGGCCGUCCUGCUCGUGGGCCUGGUGCUGCUCCUCAUCAUGGCCUUUCUCUCGACCAUGGCCAACUUUGGCGCCCGCCAGCCCCUCCAGCCCUUCCUGGCCUACCGCUCCCUCGUGGCGAUGCGCAUCCUGGUGCCGCUGCUGAGCUACUUCUUCAUCUCGCUCAUGAUGACGACGCUCAACGUCGCCUUCCAGCUGCCCUACGGCCGCGCCCUCUCGUCGUACGGCGCCGGGUUCAUGACGUGGUGGGCCGUCACCUUUGUCGGCCUCGCCGUCCUCGGCCUCGCCACCGAGUGCUUCAUCUCGCUCGUCGGCCCGCAGUUUAUCGGCUUCUGCCUCGUCUUCUUCAUCGUCAUCAACGUCUCGACCGCCAGCCUGCCCAUCGAGGUGUCGCCCAGCUUCUACCGCUACGGCUACGCCAUGCCCUUCUACAACCUCCGGUCCAUCUACAACAUCAUCAUCUUUGACGUCGGCAAGACGCAGACCAUCGCAAAGUACACGGGCAUCCUCCUCGCCUGGCUCGUCGUCAUCCUCGCCACCUUCCCCAUCUGGAUCUGGCUCGAGACCAGGAGGGCCGCCAAGGCCAGGAGCGCCCAGGCCAACAAGGGCGCCGGUCCCGGCGGUCCCCAAGGCGGGCCGCCCGGCGGACCGCGUGCGUAG